AUGGCAGAAGUCAGCGCUAGUAAACCUUGCUCCGAUUUCAUGCGUGGGAAAUGCAAGUAUGGAAACAGAUGCAAGUUCAGACACGAGUCUAAGCCCACGUCAAAAGUACCUCAACGCAAACCAUGCCAAUUCUUCGGGACAUCGAAGGGUUGCUUCAAAGGGCGGCAGUGCCAAUACUCGCACGAAAGUGUGGCAGGUAGCGGUGUCGGAACACAUGCAACGCAGUCUACCGCUAGGUCCCAACCACUGACAGAAGUCGAAAACGGCUAUCGAGAGUGGACAUUCCUUAUACCGAGGCAGAAUAUGCGUUACCAAGUUGUGGAGAUUGGAAAAUUCUUCAAGAUGGGCUGGGACCUUACCAGCAAAGGGCAUACAGAGACUGGGCAACAGAUUAUCAAGAAGCUAGCGACUGAGGAGGGUUUGGCCAUGGUCAAGGUCCUUACAGAUGAACAAGCCGAUGAGGCCACGCUAGAAAUGAAGCUGCGUAUCUUUAAGGACAAAACGCUCCCCUUUUUCCAAACCAUUUCUUACCCGGACGUCCUGUCGUCCCUAAUUUUAGAGACACCACUCGAUACCAUUUUUACUUUCCUUUUCGGCCCAAAUGGUCGUCGCGCUAUCAAUCUGUUCAACUUUACCACUUCCGCUCUUGGUGGCCUUACGUCGGACGGAACAGCCAAAGACGAAGAGCUGGCAUCGAUCGCGGUAACAGCUAGCUUAGCAGUACUGGAGAGAGUUGUUGAGUUAAACCAAAGCGCCCAGGUCACCACCGAACUCACGUCGAUUGCGAACGACUUUUCAGCCACAAUUCCAGAACAAUUCCUCGAGGCCGGAAGCCGAAGCUUAGCCCGUGUUCGCCAACGACUUGGUAUUGGAGCAGCAAUGCCUCUGUCAGAGGGCCGUGCCAUAGAACAAAGGAGCUACCGACCGGUCUUCGAAUUAGGUCAAGACCUUCCUGGCGCGCUAUCUAAAUUAGGUCCACGACAUGAUAACGAUCAUGCAAAUAUCUCCGACAUUAAGAUCCUGCCGAGUACCGAAGAAAUUCAGUCCCCACGAUUGGAGUACCUACCGUCGAGCGAUCCCACGAAGCAUCAUCUUCCAGGCCUAGCGGGCUUACUCGAUCGACAAUUUAGACUUCUACGUGAAGAUACAGUUGGUCAACUCCGAGACGCGGUUCAGAUAGAAUGUAAGCGGCUGAACAAGCCCCUCAACGCCCAAACGCCAUCGCACGGACAGAAAGAUGGCGCUCGGAGCAUUCUCUAUCACAAAGUUGCUCUGCUUCGACUGGAAUUUGAUCGGAAGAAAGGGCUCCAGGUUGUGGCUGAAUUUGACCAACCUACCGCACUUGCGAAGAAAGGAGCUAAAGAGCGAGAAGAGUGGUGGAGGAACACAAAACAGCUACAGUUCGAUGCUUUUGUAUGCUUUGUCUCUUCCACGGGUCGUGCUAUCUUCUUCUCUGUUUGCGAUCCUGCUCCGACACCUCCGCCAGCAAGAAAAGAUGGUGAGGAAGAACGUGAAGGUCGAUCAAAUGUAUAUCGCAGAGCUCUGGAUGAGCGACCGAAUCUGUUCCGGGAUGUGAAACGAGCGACGGUGGUGCUUAGCCCGGUGGAGGAUAAUGCGGAAGAUAUCACUUGGAUCAUCAGUAACCUCGGAAAGGCUCAUAAGCUACGACACUCACUUGUCGAGUUUCCAGGAGUUCUGCUACCGUCCUUCCAACCAACACUGCAAGCUCUUCAAAAAAUGAGCCGUACCCUCGAUCUUCCUUUCUCUCAACUCAUAGCUCCAGAUAUACAACAUACAGGGGAUCUUGACAUACCUGCCCCUGCGUACUCGCGCAGGCCUGGCUUCACCUUCAAUCUAGAGACAUUGACUGGAGGAGAGCGGCUGAGACUUGCACCUGGACAGCCCUUCGAUCUUACCGCACUUCGUGAGAAAUCCACACUCGACGAUGCACAGCAGCUGUCUGUCAUAGACGCUUUGGGAAGAUGCCUCGCGCUAAUCCAAGGCCCGCCAGGCACUGGCAAGAGCUACACCGGUGUCGCUAUCAUCAAGACCUUGCUGGGAAAUCGUAAUAAAGCUAAGCUUGGGCCAAUAAUAUGUGUAUGUUACACGAAUCACGCUCUCGACCAACUUCUCGAGGAACUGGUCAAGGGUGGUGUGGAGCAGCUUAUUCGUUUGGGAUCGAGAUCGAAAUCAGAGCUCCUCCAGGACUUGAACCUCCACCAUAUAUCAAAGGAAGUCAGGCCCACAAAGGUCGAAGGUCAUGAGAUAUAUGAACUUUAUGAAAAGUUAGACAUCGCUCUUGCCGAAAUCGAGGGGCUCAUGCCAGGCCUUAUGGAUUCAACCCGCUGGAGCAAUGUUAAGGGAUAUCUCGAAGAACACCACAAUAGUCAUUAUGAACAACUUUUCGGGCGAGGAGUUGACGAGCAUGGAUUCCAGGAGGUCCGCGGUAAGAAGUUCAAUAUUUUGCAUAGCUGGAUCAAAGGAGCACCCAAGCGCAUUGCUUCGAGUCGCCCAGUUCCGGAGCUUCUCGGCGUCAAUUUGAAGGAGAUGUCUGGCUCCGAGCGAUUAGCUUUGCACAGAUACUGGGUCCAACAAAGCACUCGAGAACUCACCCGCCGUUUCCUACACGUUCUCAAUUCAUAUCAUCAACUCAGAGACUCGCUUCAAAAGUGCCACCAGGAGCGAGAUCUGCGUUGCCUAUUUGGCGCGCAUGUCAUUGGAGUUACAACCGCUGGCAUGGCACGAAACUUAGAUCUUCUCCGCCGAGUGCGAGCAAAGGUGGUGGUGUUCGAGGAAGCGGGUGAGGUGUUGGAAGCACAUACGCUCACCGCACUCCUGCCUUCGGUCGAGCACGUCAUUCUGAUUGGGGAUCACGAGCAGCUAAGGCCCCAAAUCAACAAAUACGAGUUCCAACACGACAAUCCGAGGGGUGCAAAGUUCUCGUUGGAUAUCUCGCUUUUCGAAAGACUCGUCCAUCCUCAAUCUGGACACGGGAAGCUUCCUUGCAGUUCGCUGGAGGUUCAGCGUCGGAUGCACCCAUCGAUCGCCGAGCUGGUUAGAUCCACGCUCUAUCCCAAGUUGCAAGAUUACCCCUCGGUAUCGACCUAUCCAGAAGUCGACGGAAUGCGGAAACGUCUCUUCUGGCUCGAUCAUAACGAGAAGGAGGAUUCUUCAUCCUCGAAUUUGGCGCAGUCAUUUUCCAAGUCUAAUGCCUGGGAGGUAGAAAUGACAGCCGCUCUGGUGUCCCAUCUCGUCCGCCAAGGCACCUACCGGAACGAAGAUAUCGCAGUUCUGACUCCUUAUUUGGGACAGUUGCAGAAGCUCAAACAGCGCCUAGGAUCCUCCUUCGCUAUCGUAGUUGGUGACCGAGAUCUCGAAGACUUAGAGACGAAGGGAUUGGAGGACGACAGCGGAGAAGAGACAGUUGCAAUUAAAGGUAAUAUCCGGAAGACGACGUUGUUGAACGCCUUGAGGAUCGCUAGUGUGGACAACUUCCAGGGAGAAGAAGCGAAAGUCAUCGUCAUCUCAUUGGUCCGUAGUAACGACGAGAGGAAGUGUGGAUUCCUCAAAACGUCGAAUCGCAUCAAUGUCUUGCUAAGUCGCGCCCGCCACGGAAUGUAUAUCAUCGGCAACACACAUACCGCACGUCCUGCCCCCAUGUGGGAUAAGGUUAUCACAAUCCUCGAGAAGGACGGAAACAUAGGCCAGACUCUAGCGCUAUGUUGCCCCCGACACAAGGAGACGCCAAUCGAGGUGUCGAACCCUGACGACUUCUCUAUCUUCUCGCCCGAGGUUGCGGACAUGCCUGCAUCAACAAAUGCCAUUCCGAGCCGCUACAUAAUGCCGUUCGGUGUCUGGAACGCUGCCAAAGGAUCAAAAAAGGCUGUGACCACGCCUGUCGUUAUUUUUGCGGAGACCCUUGUGAUUCGAAAUGUCGUGAACUGGUGCCGAAUGUCGUCCUAUCUUGCGGGCACGUUCAAACACGGUUGGCAUGCUACAUAG